AUGCUUAAAGAAAGCCUAUUUUGGCUAUUUGAAAGUUUAGAAGAUCCAAACAGACCUCUUUUUGGUCCAAACUAUUGGCUUUUAAAUAAAACUGGGCUGCUGCUUCCCAAGAACAGGAUGGAUAGAAUCUGGAUAAUAAUCAUACACGAGAUUGUAAUGAUUUUCGUAGUCACCCAGUUCAUGGAACUCUAUUUAAUAGGAACAGACUUGGAUCUCGUCUUGUCAAAUCUGAAGAUGUCUAUGCUAAGCUCCGUUUGUGUAAUUAAAGCAAAUGCAUUUGUAUUUUGGCAAGAAAAUUGGAGUCAAGUCAUUGACUACAUAACUGAAGCUGAUAAAUUCGAAAGGGAUAAUCAAGAUGAAGCUAAAGGAAAUAUUAUCAACAGUUACACCAGAUAUUGUCGACGCGUAACUUAUUUGUACUGGGUUUUGGUAUUUACUACUUUCUUUACUACUGUUACUUCAUCAUUAGUGAAAUAUUAUUCAUUGGAGAAAGGUUUUUACAACGGAACUGAACCAUUUCCCCACAUACUCAGCUCAUGGAUGCCUUUUGAUAAAGAUAAUUCCCCAGGGUGUUGGAUCACUGUUAUGUGGCACACAUGGCUAUGUGCUUAUGGGGCGGCUAUAAUGGGUGCUUAUGACACUAGUGUCAUGGUCGUAAUGGUGUAUUUUGGAGGAAAAUUAGAACUUCUUCGUAUAAGAUGCAGGGAGAUGCUGGGCACGGAAGGGAAAGGAAUUAGCAAUGAAAAUGCAGAAAAAGUGGUCCGACAACUCCACGGAAUUCAUGUUUUACUUCUGAAGCAUUCCAGAUUGUUCAACUCAGUUUUGUCACCUGUGAUGUUUUGCUAUGUCGUCAUAUGCUCAGUGAUGAUCUGUGCCAGUGCUUACCAACUAACCUCUACAACAAAUACAGCGCAAAAACUUUUGAUGGCAGAGUAUUUGAUAUUUGGCAUUGCUCAGCUGUUUAUGUUUUGUUGGCAUAGCAAUUGUGUUAUGUACAAGAGUCAGGAUGUAAUGAUGGGGCUGUACGAGAGUGACUGGUGGGCAGCCAACCUUCAACAGCGGAAAAACGUUCUGAUUCUUCAGGGGCAGAUGCGAAUCGUACACAUCUACACGGCAGGACCUUUCACUAACCUCACACUGCCUACAUUUAUUGCUAUUUUGAAAGGAGCUUACAGUUAUUAUACCAUACUUAGGAAAUAA